AUUAAUUUUUUUUUUUUUUCCCCAUCAUAUCACAAAUUUUUUUUUUUUUUUCAAAUAUAUAUAUACACAUAUAAAAAUUUAAAUAUUAUAAAAUGUAUCGUAAUCAAUAUGACUCUGAUAUUACAACAUUCAGUCCAAGUGGACGUAUUCAUCAAGUAGAGUAUGCUAUGGAAGCAGUUAAACAAGGUGGUGCUGCUGUCGCAUUAAAAUCUAAACAAUAUGCAGUUCUUGUUUCAUUAAAGAGAUCAAGUUCAGAAUUAGGUUCAUAUCAAAAGAAGAUUUUUGUAGUUGAUGAUCAUGUUGGUAUUGCCAUUUCUGGUCUUACAGCUGAUGCCCGUAUGUUAUGUAACUAUAUGAGAAAUGAAUGUGCAAAUUAUAAUUAUGUUUACGAAAAUCAAAUGAGAGUCGAACGUUUAGUUACCAAAGUUGCCGAUAAACAUCAAGUCCAUACUCAAAGAUAUGGUAGAAGACCAUAUGGUGUCGGUUUAUUAGUUGCUGGUUUUGAUCAAUUAGGUGCUCAUAUUUAUCAAACUUGUCCAUCAGGUAAUUUUUACGAUUAUAAAUCAAUUUCAAUUGGUUCAAGAUCACAAUCAGCAAAAACAUACCUCGAAAAACAUUUUGAAUCCUUUGAAGAAAGUAGUUUAGAACAAUUAAUUAUUCAUGGUUUACGUGCACUCAGAGAAACCAUUCCAAAUACAGAUGAUGGUUUAAAUUCAAAGAAUGUUUCAAUUGGUAUUGUUGGUGAAAAUCAAAAAUUCAAAAUUAUUGAAGAUGAAGCUGCACAACAAUAUCUUAAUUUACUUGAAAAUGAAGAACCAGUUGAAAUGCAAACCAACUAAAUUCUUAUUUUAUAAUUAAAUAAUUAUUUAUAUAAAAAAAAAACCAAAACCAAAACCCCAAAAAAACCAAACCAAACC